GCCAUCUCUCCACGUUUCAAAGCGAAAGGUUUCCGUGAUAUGAUAUAGGCAAGAAAUAAGAAAUAACGGUUGCAAAAAACCCCCUUUUUUUCUUUCAAAAGUCUAUAAAAAUUAUAUUGCCAAUUCCAUUUUAAUUAUAUUCUUUUUUCUUAAUGUUAAUAAAAAAAGAAGAAAAUUCUUGUUUUUUCUUUCUAAAAAUCGAUAUUGGCCGAGAGACAAUCAAAUAGAUUUUCUCUUUAGCGGGCAUUUCCAUAUAGGACUUGUUAUAAUUAUAAUAAAACAAGCAGGUUAUAUAAAAAAACACUUUUUUUGUCGAUUAUUUAUCAAGAAAGCAAAAAGGGUUCUUAUCAAAUCCACCAUAAAAUUGGAAAGAAGCAUAAAGUAAGUAGACCUGACUCCUUUAAUGAUGCCUCUAUCCGCUAUUCUGAUAUAUAAAUUCGAUGUAGAUGAAAUUGUAUAAGCGAAUUUUUUUUAUUUCCUUAGACUUAGACCGCGCAAGACAAGAAUUUUUCGCUAUUUACGAUUUCAUAUUCUUGUUACUAGAUGUUCUAUAGGAAUAAGAAGAAAUCGCAACUCCUUUGCGCUACACAUAAAAUUGGAUUUCGAAGGUCCAUUUUUUUUUUUUCAGAAUCCUCUAUUUUAGUUCUUCCACCCAUGCAAUAGAGAGGGAAUGGGAAAAGAAGGGUUACUUUUAUUUUCAUUUUUCCCUUAAAAGAUAGACUUUGAAAUAGGAGUCUUGGAAUAAUGCUGAAUUCAAAGGUUUAUUUCUUUCUAUAGUAUAAGAAAAACAAUUUAUUUAUAUUUCUAUAGUAUAAGAAAAACAAAUAGUAUAAGAAAAACAAAUCGAAUCAAAUUCAUGGAUUUACCACGACCUCGGUUGUGACUGUGACUCCAUAGAUAAAAAUGGGAAAUUUCUCUCUUCGAGACCAUUGAAAAAGGGCAUUGAACGACAAAGAAAUCGUCCACAGAUAAUAAAACUAUCAUAUGCCUUGGAAAGUGAUAUGAGGUGCUCGGAAAUGGUUGAAGUAAUUGAAUAGGAGGAUCACUAUGACUAUAGCCCUUGGUAGAAUUCCUAAAGAAGAAAAUGAUCUAUUUGAUACUAUGGAUGACUGGUUACGAAGGGACCGUUUCGUUUUUGUAGGAUGGUCUGGCCUAUUGCUCUUUCCUUGUGCUUAUUUCGCUUUAGGGGGUUGGUUUACAGGGACAACUUUUGUAACUUCUUGGUAUACCCAUGGAUUGGCUAGUUCCUAUUUGGAAGGUUGUAAUUUCUUAACCGCAGCAGUUUCUACCCCUGCCAAUAGUUUAGCACACUCUUUGUUGCUACUAUGGGGGCCCGAAGCACAAGGAGAUUUUACUCGUUGGUGUCAAUUAGGCGGUCUAUGGACUUUUGUAGCUCUCCACGGGGCUUUUGCACUAAUAGGUUUCAUGUUACGCCAAUUUGAACUUGCUCGGUCUGUUCAAUUGCGGCCUUAUAAUGCAAUCUCAUUCUCUGGUCCAAUUGCUGUUUUUGUUUCUGUAUUCCUUAUUUAUCCACUGGGGCAAUCUGGUUGGUUCUUUGCGCCGAGUUUUGGCGUAGCAGCGAUAUUUCGAUUCAUCCUUUUCUUCCAAGGAUUUCAUAAUUGGACGUUGAACCCAUUUCAUAUGAUGGGAGUUGCCGGAGUAUUAGGUGCGGCUCUGCUAUGCGCUAUUCAUGGAGCGACCGUAGAAAACACUCUAUUUGAGGACGGUGAUGGUGCAAAUACCUUCCGUGCUUUUAACCCAACUCAAGCUGAAGAAACUUAUUCCAUGGUCACUGCUAACCGCUUUUGGUCCCAAAUCUUUGGUGUUGCUUUUUCCAAUAAACGUUGGUUACAUUUCUUUAUGCUAUUUGUACCCGUCACCGGUUUAUGGAUGAGUGCUAUUGGCGUAGUUGGCUUGGCUCUGAACUUACGUGCCUAUGACUUUGUUUCCCAGGAAAUCCGUGCAGCGGAAGAUCCUGAAUUUGAGACUUUCUACACCAAAAAUAUUCUUUUAAACGAGGGUAUUCGUGCGUGGAUGGCAGCUCAGGAUCAGCCUCAUGAAAAUCUUAUAUUCCCUGAGGAGGUUCUACCACGUGGAAACGCUCUUUAAUGGAACUUUCGUUUUAGCUGGUCGUGACCAAGAAACCACCGGCUUUGCUUGGUGGGCUGGGAAUGCCAGACUUAUCAAUUUGUCCGGUAAACUGCUUGGAGCUCAUGUAGCCCAUGCCGGAUUAAUCGUAUUCUGGGCCGGAGCAAUGAACCUAUUUGAAGUGGCCCAUUUCGUACCAGAAAAGCCCAUGUAUGAACAAGGGUUGAUUUUACUUCCACACUUAGCUACUCUAGGUUGGGGAGUAGGGCCAGGGGGGGAAGUUCUAGAUACUUUUCCGUACUUUGUAUCUGGCGUACUUCACCUAAUUUCCUCCGCAGUCUUAGGCUUCGGUGGCAUUUAUCACGCGCUUCUGGGACCCGAGACUCUUGAGGAAUCUUUUCCAUUCUUUGGUUAUGUCUGGAAAGAUAGAAA